GUUGUCUCGUGUCUUUCUUCCUGUUUGAAACAGGUUUUAAUAAAAAGUUAAGCGGCUGAAACGAGCGGCGUGGAAAAAACCUCCUGUCGAACUGAAACUACUAAGCAAGGACACAUCUUGACUGUGGGACAACAGGAAGAAGUAAUUUGAUCCAGGUUGAAAUGGGAGACCCUGCUCUUCAAAGAGACUGUCCCCUUGACUGCAAGGUUUAUGUUGGGAAUCUCGGAAAUCAUGGAAACAAGACAGAGUUAGAAAGAGCCUUUGGGUACUAUGGUCCUUUAAGAAGUGUGUGGGUCGCCAGGAAUCCCCCAGGCUUUGCUUUUGUAGAGUUUGAAGAUCCCAGAGAUGCAACUGAUGCUGUGAGAGAGCUGGAUGGAAGGACAUUGUGUGGCUCUCAAGUCCGUGUUGAGUUAUCCACAGGGGAGAGGCGCUCAAGGAGCCGUGGACCUCCUCCAUCCUGGGGUAGGCGCCCUCGGGAUAAUUUAAGGCGGCGAAGUCCUCCAGGGAGACGCAGAUCACCAAGGAGGAGGACACUCAGCCGCAGUCGCAGCAGGUCUCUUUCUAAAGACAAGAACAGAUAUCGCUCUCUCUCCAAAGACAAGAACCGUAAGCGUUCAAGAUCUUUUUCACGAUCAGCAAGCCGUUCCCGAUCUAACGAAAGGAAGUGACCUCAAACUAUGGGUCAGCAGGAAAAUCUGGCCAUGGUUUGGAAAAUACAAUUUUUUUAAGUCAUGCUGGUCUUUUUAGACUGUGUUUGCCAGCUCAAGACAGUGCAAGGUUGACCAAGAUUCAUAUUGUGUAAUUCUAAUCUUCUCAAAUAUCAUCAGUGGACUGAAAUAUUCUUCUCCUUUUGAUGGUUCUCAUGGUAAGGUUUGCCCAUUUUACUGAAAAACAUUUUUGGCCUUGGAUCUUACUCUAUAAUGCAUAAAAUGCAAUGUCUGAAAAUUGCAUAUUGGGUAGUUUUAUAUUGCGAUACGGUUUUCUUUUAACUGUUUGAUUAAAGUUUGUUGUGUUUUUUCUUUUAACUGUUUUUUUUAAUUCUUGGUCCACUCUUAAAAAACUGGUAGUGGGUAACUGGGAGCUGCAUCACUGACAUAAGGAGCAUACUUAUACCAAUGACAGAGAGCAGACAAAACUUGAGUUAUUGUAAAUACUGGUGCUGUCCUGAAAGUCUAUCGCAUGUAGAAGUGUAUUUUACUUUUGACACUUUUACUAAAGUAAAUUUUCACGCUAUUCAUUCAUCUUUGCUUGAUUCUCUGAGCUGUGACAGUUUGUGCUGAUGCAACUUGUUCAAUAAAUGUUUUUCCAAGGUGA